GACUAGUUUCAUUUAAUAUAUAUCGAGAUUUAAUUCACAUUCAGAACAAAUUAUUGAAGAAUUGGCACAUCGCAAAAUAUCCCAUGGACAAAUCCAGGUUUUUCUAAAUGGCGGUGGGAAGACUUUUGGAAUGCUCAACUAUGAAGGAGGAUGUAUGAUAAACUAUUCUAUGAACCCGUUCUCAUUGUAUGACAGAAAGACAAAAUUACUAAAUUUAACAUUACUCAUCAUAAAUCUUAAAGGCAUGACCUCCAAAAUACCUCUCCUUCUAACCAGUGCGAAUUUAUCUUUGAACAAUAUAUUUAAUCUUCCUGAAACGACAGACGACACAAACGAAUACCUUCCUUACAGUCUUCGCCCCGAAACAUACAUAGUUCCUGUGAUAUUUGCGAUCAUAUUUUUUGUCGGUAUUAUUGGAAACGGUCUGCUCAUAUACGUGGUCUUAACUCACAAAUCUCUACGCAACAACGCUCCAAACCUUUAUAUUCUAAAUUUGUCCUUCGGCGAUUUUGCCCUCAUAUUGAUAUCCGUGCCUUUCACUAGUACCAUAUAUACCUUCGAAAGUUGGCCUUACGGGGAAGGUCUCUGUAAGAGUACCGAAUUUUUUAGAACCCUAUCGGUAGCCAUAUCUGUUUACACGUUGACAGCCCUUAGCGCUGAUAGGUAUCAAGCCAUAGUAGAUCCUCUAGGAAGAUAUGUGGGAGGAAAGAAAAUUAUCAUACGGAGAACUCUCUUCAUAUGCGGUUGUAUAUGGGUUGUUGCAACUUUUUUAGCUUGUAUCGACGCUACCAAUUCGUUUGUUCUGAUCAUCAAUCACGAUGGCAGUGAAGAGGUGUAUGAUAAUGCAAGUAGGGCUAAUGGAACAAUUUUAAAAACGGUUUUUCUUAACGCUUUUAAUCUUUAUAACUCCUCAACCCAUAAUUUAAAUACUAAAUUAAACAUGACAGAUUUUGUAAGCAUGCUAUCCCAUAAUAAUUUUUAUCCAGUUUUUGAUGCCAGAGAUGAUUAUAAUUCAUACCUUUCUAAAAACAUUUCAUUUAUUGUAUCAAAAAUCAAUAAUCAUACGCUGGAGGCUAUUUUCAACAAACUGUGGUCCCUAAAAAAUACGGAAAGGAAUCAUAUUAACGAUACUGCCACAUCCUCGCUUAAAGUAUGCUUUCCGUUCCCCGAAAGAUUCGGAGAAAAUUACAAAAAACUUCAUACCUUAUUUAAAUUUUUAUUGUUUUUACUUAUUCCGUUUAUUAUUAUAACUGUGUAUUAUGUAUUAAUGGCCAAACGAUUAAUUAAAAGUACCACAGACAUUCCCAACGAAUCUAGCCAUUCUCAGGAGGUAAAGGAUAAUUCCUUUUCCCGCAAUUUUAAUAAUUCAAAUUCAUAUCUUAAACAAAGUAAAUCUUGUGUUCCUAUAUUAUCUCAGUUUUCGAUUUCAAAUGCAUCCAUAGACUGUUCGACCGAUUACAAUACUAUGGAUAAACUGCCUUGCGAAAAGGAAAAGGAUAAGGAUGUAGAAGAUGUUCAUUUAUUAACCUUACCUGCAAACCAUAAUAUGUAUAAUAAUGACAAAUGUGGCAAUGAUCAAAGUUUUAAUUUAUUAACGAAUUUAGUUACUUCCCCCUUGCUAAACGGGCCUGAUAAAAGUAAUAUGAAACUUUCUAACGAUAAAUUAUAUGUACCAAAAAAUACAAAAUGGAAGAGGUUUAACAAUUCGAUGAAGCCAUAUCGAGAAUUUUGUAACAAAUCUCUGAAGUUCAAAGACUACUUAAAAAGCUCUGGUCAAGAAAAAUUGAACAACAACGAAUCCAUUUCACCGUCCCAAACAAGCGAUGGCAAUAACGAUGUUGUAAGCUUCAAUUCAUUCAAAAUAAAUCGAAUACGCCAUAUCAACAAUAAGUUUUCGAACAAUGUCAAGCUUAGCAAACAAAUGGAGUCUCGCAAAAAAAUUGCGAAAAUGGUUCUAAUUUUUAUAUUACUGUUUCUUGUAUGUUGGCUACCUUAUCACAUAUUUAACAUGUGGUUCUUCUUCAAUCCAAACGCCUUAAAUCAAUACAACUAUUUUUGGCACUCCUUGAAAUUACUCGGUUUCAUAUUUUCGUAUUUGAAUUCGUGUAUAAAUCCGAUAGCUUUGUACUUUAUCAGUAAUACGUUUAAAAAAUAUUUCAAUUAUUAUCUGACUUUGAAAUUCUUACCAUGUCAUUACGUGAACGACAAGAAAAAAGCAGCAUUUAGUAACGGGUUAAAUCCUAAGCGCAAUAAAGAUUGGGAUGAGGUAUCUCAAAAAAGUAAUCACUUAUCCCGACUUAACCGAACUUUAACUUAUUAUGAACCGCGCAUAAACAAAUUAGAUCAAAAUGUGAGAAAGAACAUCAUUAUUACAUCCAUCAAUAAUAAACCAACAAUUCUUAACUCAAAUCAUAGUUUUCACGACCUUACUUGCGCAAAAUCUAGGAGCAAUACCUUCACUAAAUUAUAAUCUUUUUUUUAAUCCUAUAAAAAAAAAUCAGGAAAAUUGUAGAUCUCAAAUAAUUACAAAAUUUAUAACUUUUUUUAGAGCUAACAUUACUAUACUUUCAGCGAAUAUUAAAUUAUUUAUACAUUAUAAAUGACAAUUCGAAAAAUCUAAUAAAUUCUUAAACCCACGUUUGAGAAACAUGAUUAUGUA